AUGGCCACCUUGGAAGAAUUGGACGCUCAAACUUUACCAGGAGAUGAUGAAUUAGAUCAAGAGAUUUUGAAUCUUUCCACGCAGGAGCUUCAAACAAGAGCUAAGCUUUUGGACAAUGAAAUCCGUAUCUUUAGAUCUGAAUUGCAAAGAUUGUCCCAUGAAAACAACGUUAUGCUCGAGAAGAUUAAGGACAAUAAGGAAAAAAUCAAGAAUAAUAGACAGUUGCCAUACCUUGUGGCUAACGUCGUCGAAGUCAUGGAUAUGAAUGAAAUCGAAGACAAGGAGAAUAACGAAUCUACUACUCAAGGUGGAAAUGUCAAUUUAGAUAACACCGCCGUUGGCAAGGCUGCUGUAGUCAAGACCUCUUCUAGACAGACCGUUUUCUUGCCCAUGGUUGGUUUAGUGGAUCCUGAUAAACUUAAGCCAAAUGACUUGGUCGGUGUGAAUAAGGACUCUUAUUUGAUUUUGGAUACUUUACCCUCUGAGUUUGAUUCUCGUGUAAAAGCUAUGGAGGUUGAUGAAAAACCCACCGAAACUUAUUCUGAUGUGGGUGGGUUGGAUAAACAAAUUGAAGAACUGGUGGAGGCCAUUGUAUUACCUAUGAAACGUGCGGAUAAAUUCAAAGACAUGGGUAUUAGAGCGCCUAAAGGUGCCCUAAUGUACGGGCCUCCAGGUACAGGUAAGACUUUAUUAGCUCGUGCGUGUGCGGCUCAGACCAAUGCCACUUUUUUGAAGCUAGCAGCACCUCAAUUGGUGCAAAUGUAUAUUGGUGAAGGUGCUAAACUGGUCCGCGAUGCAUUUGCACUGGCUAAGGAAAAGGCACCAACUAUUAUUUUCAUUGACGAGUUGGAUGCUAUUGGUACUAAGAGAUUUGAUUCGGAAAAAUCCGGUGAUAGAGAAGUGCAAAGAACCAUGUUGGAAUUAUUAAAUCAACUGGAUGGUUUCAGCUCUGAUGAUCGUGUUAAGGUCUUGGCGGCUACCAAUAGGGUCGAUGUUUUAGAUCCCGCUCUGUUAAGAUCAGGAAGACUGGAUAGAAAAAUUGAAUUCCCACUACCAUCAGAAGAUUCAAGAGCUCAAAUUCUACAGAUUCAUUCAAGAAAGAUGACCACUGAUGAUGAUAUUAACUGGCAAGAACUAGCCAGAUCUACUGAUGAGUUCAAUGGUGCGCAGUUAAAGGCGGUGACUGUGGAGGCAGGUAUGAUUGCCUUAAGGAAUGGGCAAUCUUCCGUUAAACAUGAAGAUUUUGUCGAAGGUAUAAGCGAAGUUCAAGCAAGAAAAUCAAAGUCGGUAUCCUUCUAUGCAUAA